CAGACCAACAAAACAGAAUUGUCAGUUCGCGGGAACCACGUGAGUUGGCUGUCUGAACCAGACAACAGUUCACGGCUGUAGAACAAACAAGAUGGCGUCCAUCCAUGAUGAGCCCAUCAUGCCGACUGUUCACAAACUCCCUGCUAUCAACACAGGCAGACUGGUCUCCGGGUCAGGGAAAGGAUCCUCAGUUCACCUGGAGUCGGCGUCAGACACCUGGGCCGUCCAGGUGAGAAGACGGCUGCAGGAACAGGUGAACAACGGUGACAAGCCAGGUGAGGAGCUGGUGGUGCAGCUGGUGCAGCAGGUGGUGUCAGCUUUCAUCUCAACACUACAGAACGACAGACGCCCCUCCUGGCUGUACCUGUGUGAUGUUCUGUGUCUGCUGGAGCCGCACACACAACUCCUACAGGGGAGGCAGCAGAUCACCCACUACCUGGAACGUGUGUACAACCAUGUACAAACUAACCAAGAGAGGCUGUUUGAUCUCAACAUUGUACCAGCUUUGAACAAAGUCUUCCCAAAGGACAUGGAGAGAAUACAACACACUGGUGGCAACCCCCGGAACUACCGUACCCCCACACCACCACGACUAUUGAGCUCCACACCUACUACUAGUACCAAGAGAACCUCAGUGUCUUCCUCCACAGGACUACAGUUGCCAGAUGGGUCCAACCCUUAUGUUCUAGAGAGACCUGAUGAUGAGACAAGGUAUUUCAGGCCCAAACCCCUGUCAGUGGGGGACAUACGAGCAGCCAUUCCUGCUGUGGUGCUGGAGGCUUCAUCACGUGAGUCUGUCUGGGGCACCAGUAUGGGAAUCACUGCUACAGCAAUGAGUUUAGAUCUACACGAUGAGCUGAAGCCAGCUCCUCCAGAAACAAUGUCACAAAGCUUAACAAGCAUUAUUGAGUCCAAACUUGAUGAAGAUGUGUCCAUCAGUGAAGAAGCUGAGUCUAUCAGUGAAGCCCCGCCGCUGACUGGCCGUGAGGCUGCGGAGAUGUUUGUGAAGGGGAAACACCUGGGGAAGGUGGAGUUUGUGUACCUGAACCUGACACCCAACAGGCACUACAGACCGUACGACCUGGUCGUGGUGCCAAAACAAAAGAUCAACAAAGAGCACUACGUGUUCUCACGCUUUGGGGCGCUGCACGUUCGUCCAAACGAGCCCAACGACACCAUGAGUAUCGCAGACUGGAACCAGGAGUCCGUGUGGUGGUCGGCCCUAACGUGUAUCCCCUUCUUCAAACACUUCCUUGUCAGGAAGGCAUUCUUAAGAUGGAAGUCCUACAAGAGAUAUGAGGACUUCUGCAGAAUAAGAGAAGACGUUGAGGAAAACCUGCCUCUGGCCGUCCCCAGGUUUGGGGCUGCCCUUCUGCACAUCAGCAGAUUACUUUUGGAGCUGACUGCAAUUAAUAUCCUGCCUGCUUCAACCAACACCUGUUUCACCCUACCUGAGUUUGAGACGGUCAUCAAAAAGAAGCGCAGGGAGGCUGAGAAAAUCCUCUCCAAGUUCUUUGGCUACUCCCAGGCUGUGGUGAACCAGAUAGUAAGUGAGGUGUUUGAGCACCUCCAACACUGCGAACAGCAAGUCAAACAAACCAAGACUGUGUACACUAAGGAGUCACUGUAUCUGCAAAGACAGAAGAAGGAACAGAGAGUCCAGAACUUCAAGAAAGCCAAGGGAGUGGCAAGUCGUCUGGGAAAUUUUGUGAAGCUGGUUGACCAAAUUUUACUGGCACAUAUGGUGUCACUGGCAAGGACAAACAUUGGGGCCUUCGUCCACAAGACGAUGCAGGCAGGGGAAGAGGCUGAGAGGGACGCCCUCUUCAAAGCCAAACUUGUCUUCAACAAAAAUGAUGAGCUGAUCCUGUACCCGAGUAAGGAGAAGUUUCAGAACGCAACCUACAGCGCCCUUCUGGGGAUUCCUGCUGUCAUCUUCCGCUCUGCACACCCCUCAGAGGACGGGGCCUCUACACAGGGCAGUCCAGGCACAGGGUCCCGAGGCAGAGGUGAGUCCAGUCUCAGCUCGCCUGUGAAGUUGAACGUGAGCCAGGAGUCGGCCAGACCCCAGCCUCAGCCCAGUACAGGGUCCAGGCGGGACCAGUCGUCCAUGCAGACUUCACGCAGUGGUGCUGUCACUGGCAGUACCAGUAACUACACACUCGCAGAUCCAACGUUAGAAAGACCUGCCAUGAAGACGAAGGAUGAGGACAGGAUGGGCGUGGCGACCCCUGACCUGGUUGUGGGAGCGCAGACCCCCCGCGGCCUGACUGUGGGAGGGCAGGGGUUCAUGGGGCAGUACAGUCCUCUGUCCAAGGGCAGUCUAGAGACAAAACUCGCCACAGAUGAGGUGGUCAGCGCGGAUGUCCAGCUCCAUGAGGACAUGAUGCAGUCAGCACUGGCAGAGAUUGACAGCUUCUGUAUCGAGCACGUCUGGACCAAACCCAUGCACAAGUACGCACGGGAAUGGAGCAGGAGUGUCCUCAAAACAUUCCAUGGCCAGGAGGCCUUUGAUAUUGAGGAAAAACUGAACGAGAUCAAGAACUGGAUUGAGCGGCUCAAAGAUGUGGAGAAGUCCGUGCGGACGUCAGACGGGCUGUUUGAGGUAGACUGUAGCGUCCUGCAGCAAGACCUGGUCCCCGCGCUCAGUAACAUCUUCAAACAACUCAUCCAACUGGUCGCAGAUGACGCCAAGAACCUCUCUAGUAACUUUGUGGAGGAGAUUAAGAAACUCAGCAAGACCCUGAAAGACCAAAACACAUCAGUGGACCAGUUUGCAGUGUUUGCGGGACAAGUGAAGGAAUAUCGGAACAGAACACAACAGUUACAGGAGAAGGUCUCCUACAUCAAGUCUCUGUAUGAGGUGAUUCGAAUGAGUUACCGUUCCUUGAACCCAGACGAGGAGAAGCUGGAAGAACGAGUGAGGACCACCUGGGAGAGUUUCCUGGUGCAGCUGCAGGAGGCACAUGACUUUGUCCACACACAGACUCCCGUCAUGCUGGAGGAACUGGACCAGACGUACCAGACCCUACAUGAGGAGGCUCUGAUGAUCAGUCGGCAGGCUACCAGCGGCCAGUUCCUGGACCCUUCCAAACAUGCACCUACUAUCCUGGUGGACAUGCGACAUCUGGCAGAGAAAUUCAGCGCGGUUCAGCACAAGAUGGAGGAGAUCAGCCGGUGGCGGGAGAUGAUCACAGGAACCGGUUACGACCUGUCGGCGCUGGAGUUCAUGGUCGGACAGAUGGACGUCAGGCGGGAACUCUGGAAGUACGUGGAGGUCGCGACCUACCACAUCAAGGACUGGAAACAACAACUCUUCAGGAAGAUGAAUGUGAAGAAGGCGAUGGGAAAGCUGACGGAGUGGCAGACGGCUGCGAUGAUGAUGGCGGAUGAGGUACCACAGGGAGACAUGGUCCUGGCACACUGGGUCAACAUGAUGCAGGACUUCAAACAGAACCUCCCACUGCUCGCCAAGCUGGGCUCAGACGCUCUCAAGCACCGUCACUGGAAGCAGCUGUAUGUAGGAAUGGGAAAAGACCCCAGUGAGAUGGGCUGGUCCAUGACUGUGGGGGAUCUCAUCGACCUGGACCUGCCUAAAUACAGUCAGCUCAUCAACCAGAUUUUUACAGCUGCCACCUCCGAGUUUUCCCUGGAGCAGUCCCUGGGUAAGCUGAGGAGGAUGUGGGAGGAAAAGGAGUUCAAACUGGCCAAGUACAUCCGGGAGCUUCCUGUCAGGAGAGAAAAGAAGCGUACGGGUAGUCCAGUGGCUAGACUCCAGGCGGCCAAAUCUAGGAGCCGGACCAGGAUAGUCACAGAAGAGACGUACAUUCUGAUUGGUACAGAUGAGCUGAGAUACCAACUGGAGGACACGGAGGUGACCCUGCAGGCCAUGUUGGCGUCCCCACACAUCGCAGACCUGCGCUCCCAAGCAGAGGUGUGGAGGGUCACGCUGCAGCAGGUGGACGACAUCAUUCACCUCUGGACCGAGUGCCAGACCAAGUGGUUGUUCCUGAGCAAGUCCUUUGCUGAUAUCGACCUGGUGCUGCAGCUGCCAGAUGAAGCAGCCAUGUUUUCUGAAGUAGACAAGAAGUAUAAGGCCUUUAUGCAGGAUGUAGUGGAGGAUCCUAAGAUGUUGUCUGUCCUGAGUAAGAGGCGAGGGCAGAAGGGUUGGAGGGAGCUUCAGGGGGAGGCGCUGAGACAGCUUCUCAAGUGGUGCAUCGAGGAACAGGAGAAAAUCAUCAAGAAACUGGACAACAAACUCAUGGCGACGCGAAAUGAGUUCCCACGGCUUCACUUCCUCAGCAACUCGGAGAUCGUGGAACUGCUGUCCCUGUCCCGCGACCCUCGAACUAUGACCUCCUUUGUCAAGAAGUGCUUCCAUGGCAUCAGGGCGCUCAACUUUGCCCUCCCUGCAGAGGUCAAUCACACCACUACUGCACUUGACCUUGACCUUCAUGCGGAGGUCCUGCAAGCUACUGCGAUAAAGGGUGAGUCAGGCGAGGUGGUUGACCUGGUCCACAGGGUGGAGGCUAACACACAGACCACCCAGUGGCUGCUGGUGGUGGAACAGACCAUGAGGAACACGGUGGGCACAUCGCUGCAGGCAUGCCUGGAGGCCAGGCUUCGGAAAACUCCCAUGACCACCCAGACCUGGGUGAGACUGUUCCCCAGCCAGUGUGUGGUGCUGGCCGAGGCUGUACUCUGGGCACGCGACGUCAGCUCAGCCCUGCGGAACUCAGACAGACAGCGGCUCAUGGACCUGAAGGCAAGCCUCAGCUCCAGCCUAGAGGACAGACUGGGGAUCCUACGGGAGCUGUACAGGGACCAGAGCAUCAGGAAAACUCACAUCACACUCGGCAACCUUGUCAACCAGGCAGUUCACCAGAGGGACAUUAUCAGCAUGCUGUUGGAGGCCAAGGCCCUGACAGAGAACUGUUUUGAUUGGCAGAAAGUCAUGAAGUACAGCAUGGACAUCAAACCUGUCCCUAAAUCCACUGUUCACAAAUGGAGAGAAACAAGUCAUGUUGAAGACACCUGUGAGCCUGAAAGGAUACGUCAGGCAUUAGAUGUCAGACAAGGGUUUGAGUUUGGCCCCUGCCUGGUCAACCAGCUGAACUGGUCACUUCCCUACGACUACGAGUACCUGGGUCCAGUCAACCGACUGAUUCUUACUCCACUGACUGACAGGUGCCUCCUGUCGCUGAGUGGAUCGGUCCAGUCGUACGGCUGUGGUGCAGUGAUGGGGCCAGAGGGAGUGGGGAAGUCAGAGACUGUGGCGGAACUGGCACGAGCCAUGGGGAGGAACUACAUCACAUUCAACUGCACGCAUCAGACAGGGAUUUCAGCCCUGACGCAGCACCUGGUUGGCGGGGUCCAGUCAGGUGCGUGGGUGUGUCUGGACGAUGCCGGCCACCUGUCGACAGGUGUCAUGUCCGUCCUGUCACACCACCUGGACCAUCUCAGGAACGCAUACAGGAUUCUGGCAGCAUCCUCAGACAGUCAGUACACCAUCAGGAGUUCACAGACAGCUCGUAAAAGAAGGAAGACUGUGACAUCCUUAGCAUCUUUCUCACCAAAAGAUCCUGAAGACAGUUGGCAAGCUCAAGACACAGGCCAACACAGGAGACAUUCCUUAUUUGGCACUGACCAGAAAGAGAUGUCUUCAGCACAGUCUACCCUUCCACUGGACCUCCAAGGCUUUACAAAAUCCUGGCAGGCAACCUCAGCGUUUAGUUACGAACCUCGGACACUGGGACUGGUGACGUACAACAACAGCCUGAUGAACGCCAACGCCAACUUCUCCCCCUUCCUCACCCUCAACACGAGAGACCAGUCAUUCCAGACCAUACCAGAAACACUGAGGUCUGCAUACAGGCCUGUCACUCUCAUUGUACCAGACAGGAAACUGGUGGUUCAGUCCAUUCUGCUGUGUGGGGGGUUCCAGGGUCACCGACUCCUUGCCAGGAAGCUUGAGACAUUUCUGCAGCUGCUGGAGAAACAGCUGCUGUCUGUGGAGACACCUGCAGUCAGUCUGCACACUGUUAAGGUGAUGCUGGCACUUGCCCAGCAGGAGCUCCAGACCAGGUGGCUGCAGCUCAGCAGCAGCGGCUCCGCGGAACGGGAGUCUGUUCUCCGGCCAAACUCCGCAGAGAUGGAGGAGAUGGCCCUGGUGCGAGGUGUCUCCUCCACUCUCAUCCCUACACUGCAGAAUCCUGGUCACAUGGCCCUGGUGCGAGGCAUAUCCUCCACUCUCAUCCCCACACUACAGAAUCCUGAUGAGGUGUCUCGCGUGAAGGACCUCUUGAGGACAGCGUUCCCCGUCAGUAACCGGCCGGCAUCAGCCAAGACUAAUGACCCGGUCCUCAUUAACGCCAUCCAGGAACACAUGGAGGCAGACAAGCUGCAGGCCACUCCCAAACAUCUGGACAAGAUUCUCCAGCUGUGGGCAGCCCUACAGGCCCAGCAAGGCGUCAUGUUGGUCGGCCCGUCCGGAAGCGGGAAAACCACAACGUACCGCGUCCUCGCCGAGGUCCUGAACAUCCUGAACGAGAACAUCUACGCCUCGCAGGAGACCCCCGACAUCUACCCCACCCCCAAGAUCUCCAAGUCCCGCCUGGUGGGCAGUCUGGAGAGGAGGAUGACACAGGAGGACAUGAGGAGGAAGGCUCUGGACGACUCGCCGGACAAGCCUCGCUCCACCAAGUCCAUCAACAGGAUGGACCUGGCUUCCCUUCCGGAGGCAAGUUAUCAGCCAGAAAAAGUUGACUACCCCCGUGUGGAUGGCGCAGUGCUGGUGCCCAAUGCCCACUCCCUGGAGGACCUGCUUGGGUUCUACGAUCCUGACGACCAUUUUUGGAAAGACGGGCUGCUGACAAACUUCCUGCGGAACGCUCUUCACACGGCAGAGGCGGCCAAGAAGAUGAUCCAAAACUUUCAGUCGAGUGACCGGAGGUCCAAAACCAACCUGAGUGAGCCGUCCACGGUGUACCAGUGGAUCAUCAUGGACGGGCGGUUUGACCCCCCGUGGUCGGAGAGCGUCGUCACGCUGCUGGACCAGAACCGCGGGAUCCACCUCACCAACGGGGACACCAUCGCGCUCGAGCCCACCACCUCGCUCCUGUUCGAGAUGUCAGAGUUACGGGGGGCAUCUCCGUCUCUCGUUGGCAGAUCUGCCAUUGUGUAUUUUGAGGACGGUGAACACAUCUGGAGGUCCACAGUUGAGUCCUGGUUUCUGAACGCCUUUAAUCGUUGGACGGUCACGGCCCAGACAGUCAGGGUGUGGACUGACUUGAUCAACGACGUGUUUCCACAAACCAUCGAGUUCCUGUCCUCCAACACAGUCAGCGUGCUCGACGUGGACACAAGUUACUCGAGCCGAGCCAGGAGCCCUUGCUGCAGUGGUCUUCAGGAGGUCUCCUCCUUCCUCAGUAUACUGUCCUCGCUCUUAAACAAGCACAUGGCAAGGGACCCAACGGAUGCGAACUCUGUGCGGUCGCAGUCGCCACGAGACGAGACCCGUUCCCAAGCCAGCUGGACGUCGGCGGGAAGCCAGCGCCGCAUGAUCCGCCUGGAGGACCUGUCUCCGUCCAACCAGGCCAUUGUCUCCCAGAGCAUGUUUGUGUUUGCCUACAUCUGGGGGUUUGGAGGACACCUCCAUGAGAGGCACACGGCAGUAUUCGAUCUCUUCGCGAGGAAGGUGCUCUCGCAGGCCAGCCACCAGAUCCUGAUACCUCCGAUAGGGAGCGUGUACGACUACUGCAUCGACACGAAGAACGGGACGCUGAUCCGCUGGCAGGAGAGGCAGAACGCGGAACGGUCGCGGAUGACGUUGUCGACUUACACCGUCCUCCCUGAGGUGGAGCGAUACUCGUUCCUCAUCGACUUGCUCGCCACUUCCCAGCAGGCUGUGCUGCUGGCUGGCCUACCAGGUGUUGGUAAAACAGCCCUGAUGCAGAACUUGGUACAACCCAAGCACAACCUGACUCGCAUUGCCAUGUCCUCAGGCCUGAGUCCCUCGGAGCUACAGCAGGUGAUAGAGUUUAAGAUGGACAUGCUGACCAAACGUACUGUGACAGCCAGGACCAUCAGCAGUAAGGGCAAAGUACACAACCAGCAGGUCUUCUUCAUCGAUGACAUCAACAUGGCAGCUAACGACCACUGUGGUACCCAGCCAUGUCUGGAGGUUCUACGACAGAUCAUGGCUCAUGGUGGAGUCUACAACAUCGACAAGCACAGCUUCAAACCCAUCAGUAAUGCUGCUUUUGUCGCUGCCUGCACUUCUCCUGCUGUUGCUGGCAUAGGGAACAGCGCGGCCUGUCACCAGAUGAGUCGUCGUCUGAUCCGACUGUUCACGGUCAUCGCCUUCCACCCUCCAUCGCUGGACAGCCUGAAGAAGCUGUACACGGGCAUGCUGCAGUCCUGGCUGGAGGAGUUCCCUGUCUACAGCGUGGCUCACCACACGCGCAUGGCGAAUGCGAUCGUGUCCGCCUGCCAUGACCUCUACAGACAGGUGUCGGCCCGCCUGCCCCCCACCCCUCAGAAGGCCCUGCACGUGUUCUCCCUGCACGACCUGUCCCGGGUUGUGCAGGGGAUGCUGCUGCUCACCCCCAGGGUCAGGGGCAAGCCCCGCCCCGUCAGGACAAGGGCAAGUUCAAGGACAUGGAGCAUGGUGUCCGGGGACACCUCAACGUCAGAAGGAACAGGGAAGUCUGUGAGCAUUUUCCCCGUCCCGCCAUCCGAGGACGCAGGUGAUGGGCGGACCCCGAGGCGUGGCCUGAGCUGGGCCGGCAGCCAUAGCGACACUCCCGUGGCCCCGCCCUUACAGAAGCUGGUGGUCAGGCUGUGGUGCCACGAAGCCAUCAGGACUUUUGCUGACAGACUCUUCUGGGAUGAAGAUGUGCAGUGGUUCCGCGAGGCUCUGACAUCCACUGUGGAGAAACACUUCUGUACCGGAGAGGAGGGAUAUGACCCCUCACGACCUUUUGUCAUGCCCGCUAUCCCAGAGACUCCUGCUGAUCAGAAGAAAUCUGGCACUCCUCGGAAGUACCUGUCUCCUCCACCGCGAGCCCUGUCUGCCGCGAGUCAGGAGAUCUCAGCCGUCACGGGAGAGGAGGAAGGGGAGGAAGACGAGGACUUGGGCCGAGAGACGGAACUCGGAACACAAACGUCAGAACGAACAACUGAUGGUGAUGGAUACGAAACUGUGGCCACUGAUUACGAGACUGACAUAACGACUCCGGAGUCAAGGAUGACACGAGCGACGACCGAGUAUUCAGAGUACGAGACAGCCACGACACCUGGUACGGAGGCCACCACACCUGUGUCUGAGGAAGAGGAGGAGGAGGAAGAUGAUGACAGAGAGACAGAUGCUGAGACUGUGAAGACAGAAGCUGAGGAUACCCUGGAUACAGAUGAUGAAGCUACCACCAUCAAAACAGGGUUUGAAGGGACAUCAGUCAUAGAAGAGGAUGAGGCAGAGAGCACAGCAAAGGUGGGAUGCUUUCUGUUUGUGUCUGAAUAA